CAGAAAGUGCCAUUCAGAAACCUCGCAGUGCAAAGGGAGCUGCACACGGCCUCCCCAGAAAGAAGAUUGGAGACAAAAGAAAGGAGCGUGUGGACUGAAAGCGCGCGGGCGGCCGGGGCUCGGCGGCGGCGCUGACACCGACACCGACGCCGACGCCGACGCCUCCCACCAUGGACAGCUUCGACUUAGCCCUGCUCCAGGAAUGGGACCUCGAGUCGCUGUGGGGUGAAGACAUCUUAAGCCAGAGGAAUGACUCCCUAGUUGUGGAAUUUCAGUCAUCAGCCAGCAGAUGCAGGAGUGUCUAUGAACCAGAUAGGAAUGCAUUACGGAGGAAAGAACGAGAGAGAAGAAACCAAGAAACACAACAGGAUGGUGGCACCUUUAAUUCUAGUUACUCUCUCUUCAGUGAGCCCUACAAGACUAACAAGGGGGAUGAACUCUCCAACCGGAUCCAGAAUACUUUAGGCAAUUAUGACGAAAUGAAAGACUUUUUAACGGAUAGAUCCAAUCAGAGCCAUCUUGUUGGUGUCCCCAAACCGGGGGUUACUCAGACUCCUGCCAACAAGAUUGAUGAGCAUUUUGUGGCAGAUUCAAGAGCUCAAAGCCAGCCCCCAUCUGUGUGUAAUACCACAUCUUCCACACCAGCAGCUGUCCCUGUGCAACAAAGUAAGAGAGGCAACAUGGGCUGGCAGAAGGCUGGGCACCCAUCAUCUGAUGGCCAACAGAGAGCAGCACCACAGGGCUCUCUUAGAACCUUGCUUGGAGAUGGUGUUGGCAGACAGCAACCGCGGGCCAAACAAGUGUGUAAUGUGGAGAUGGGGCUUCAGACCCAGGAAAGGCCAUCUGCAAUGGCAGCUAAGCACAACAGCAGUGGACACUGCGUUCAGAACUUUCCUCCGUCAUUGGCUUCCAAACCUAGUCUGGUCCAGCAGAAGCCAACUGCAUAUGUACGACCGAUGGAUGGCCAAGACCAGGCUCCUGAUGAGUCCCCUAAGCUGAAGUCCUCUACAGAACCUGCCGUACACUGUGCAUCCUACAGGGGGGGCCCAGCCACCAAGCCAGAGUCGGCCAGAACGAAGACCAAGCUUUCCAAGUUCAGCAUCCCCAAGCAGGGGGAGGAGACUAGAUCUGGAGAAAGCAACAGCUGUGUUGAAGAAAUAAUUCGGGAGAUGACCUGGCUUCCACCACUUUCUGCUGUUCAAGCACCUGGCAAAGUAGAGCCAAGCAAAUUUCCAUUUCCAAAUAAGGACUCGCAGCUUGUAUCUUCUGGACACAAUAAUCCAAAGAAAGGUGACGCUGAGCCAGAGAGUCCCGACAAUGGCACAUCGAAUACAUCAAUGCUGGAAGAUGACCUUAAGCUAAGUAGUGAUGAAGAAGAGAGUGAACAGCAGGCAGCCCAGAGAACAGCUCUCCACACUCUAUCUGACAGCACCGUGGUCCAGCAGACCAACUGCAGAGGCUCCGUGCUGUCCAGCAAGGGCAGCAGCAGCGGCAGCAGCAGCAGCAGCAGCAGCUCGUCCAGCGACUCAGAAAGCAGCUCUGGAUCUGACUCGGAGACCGAGAGCAGCUCCAGCGAGAGCGAGGGCAGCAAGCCCCCCCACUUCUCCAGCCCCGAGGCGGAACCGGCCUCCUCCAACAAGUGGCAGCUGGACAAAUGGCUCAACAAGGUCAACCCGCACAAGCCCCCCGUCCCCGUCCAGACUGAGGGCCGCGGCGGCGGCGGCGGCGGGCCGGAGGGCGCGCCCUACUACCCGCCGGUGAAGGACGAGGCGCCCGACGGCGGGAAGCCGCCCCCGGACGCGGGCCCGGCCGGCCCGCGCGCGGACAAGGAGGGCAAGGCCGCCUGCAAGGAGGAGCAGCGGCCGCGGACCGCCAGCAAGGCCCCGGGCAGCAAGGGCGCCAAGCAGAAGUCGCCGCCCGCGGCCGUGGUGGCGGUGGCCGCGGCCUGCGCCGCGCCGCCCGGCGGGCCCGUGGAGAGCGCGCCCGCGCCCGCCCGCCGGUCUGCGGCGGCGGCGGCCGGCAAGAAGCCCGCCCGGCGCGCCGAGCGGACCCCCGCGGGCGACGGCGCCGCCGGCCCCCGGCCCGAGGAGCCCGCGGGCCCCGACGCCCUCCCCGAGCCCGCCAAGGCCAAGGCCGGCGGCGCCCCCCGGACCGCGCACCGCAAGGAGCCGCGCCCGCCCGCCGCCGCCGCCGCGCCCGCCGCGCCCGCCCCCGGCGAGAAGCGGCGCACGCGGGGCCUGGGCCGCAUCGCGCCCAAGUCCAAGGAGUUCAUCGAGACCGAGUCCUCGUCCUCCUCGUCCUCCUCCUCCUCCGACUCGGACCUGGAGUCCGAGCAGGACGACUUCCCCCUCGCCAAGGCGCCCGCCGCGCCCGCCGCCGACCCCCGGCCCAAGGAGGCGCCCGGCCCCCGCGCCCCCGUGGGCUCCAUCAACGCCAGGACCACCAGCGACAUCGCCAAGGAGCUGGAGGAGCAGUUCUACACGCUCGUCCCCUUCGGCCGCAACGAGCUGCUCUCGCCCCUGAAGGACAGCGACGAGGUCAGGGCCCUCUGGGUCAAAAUUGACCUGACGCUCCUGUCCAGGAUCCCCGAGCACCUGCCCCAGGACCCGGGGGUCCCGAGCGCCCCCGCGGCCAAGGACGCGGACAGCGCGGCCCCCGGCCACGCACUAGACACUCAGGCAGAAAAGGCUUUGCCCAAACCCAGGAGGAAACGCAAGUGUGACAAUGAAGACGACUACAGGGAGAUGAAGAAGGCCCAGGGAGAGAAAGAAAGCUCUUUGAGACUGUCUGCAUCUGCCAGUAACACCUUGUCUGUGAACCACUGCACUAUGAACAUCAAUAGUGUGGCAAUACCAAUAAAUAAAAAUGAGAAGAUGCUUCGGUCACCCAUCUCACCCCUCUCUGACGUAUCCAAACACAAAUACUCCGGUGAGGACUUCCCUUCGUCCGGCCGGCCUCACGGUAACGGUGUCUUCACCACUGCCUCUUCCAACAAGAAGCCCAAGACUGACAGCCAUGCCGGAGACCUCACGAAAGCUGCUCACAGUUCCGAGAAUGGUCUCCACAGUAAGUCACGGCCACAGACGGAGCCGUGGUCUCCAGGCUCCAGUGGUCACCGGGACUGCAAGAGGCAGAAGCUGGUCUUCGAUGACAUGCCACGAAGUGCAGAUUAUUUUAUGCAGGAAGCUAAACGGAUGAAGCACAAGGCGGAUGCAAUGGUGGAGAAGUUUGGAAAGGCGUUGAACUACGCUGAAGCCGCCCUGUCGUUUAUUGAGUGUGGUAAUGCGAUGGAACAAGGCCCCAUGGAAUCCAAGUCUCCUUACACCAUGUACUCAGAAACAGUGGAGCUCAUCAGGUAUGCUAUGAGACUAAAAACUCACUCAGGCCCCAACGCCACUCCAGAGGACAAGCAGCUGGCUGCAUUGUGUUACCGAUGUCUGGCUCUCCUGUACUGGCGGAUGUUUCGGCUCAAAAGGGACCACGCUGUGAAGUAUUCAAAAGCACUUAUUGACUAUUUUAAGAAUUCAUCGAAAGCCUCCCAGGCCCCGUCUCCUUGGGGUGCCAGUGGGAAGAGCACUGGAACCCCAUCCCCCAUGUCUCCCAACCCCUCUCCCCCCAGCUCCGUGGGGUCUCAGGGCAGCCUCUCCGGCGGCAGCGCCCUGUCCCCGACGACCAUCGUUAGCAUCCCCCACCGCAUCCACCAGAUGGCCGCCAACCACGUCAGCAUCACCAACAGCAUCCUCCACAGCUACGACUACUGGGAGAUGGCCGACAACCUGGCCAAGGAGAACCGAGAGUUCUUCAACGACCUGGACCUGCUGAUGGGCCCGGUCACCCUGCACAGCAGCAUGGAGCACCUGGUGCAGUACUCGCAGCAGGGCCUGCACUGGCUCCGGAGCAGCACCCACCUGGCCUAG